AUGAAGAGUAAUUUCAAAUGGCAUAUUGAUACUUCUAGUUAUCCUAAAGAAAUUUUCAAUAGAAAACUAUAUCUUUCAAUAUUUAUUUUUGGUAUAUUAGGUGCUGCGAGAGGCUACGAUGAGGGAAAUAUAUCUGGUAAUAUAGUUCUUCCUUCAUUUAAGGACAGAUUUGGAUUAAAUGAUUCUGGUAAGUCACAAAAUUCAAUUGCAAAUUUACAAUCAAAUAUAACUUCCAUGGUUCAAUUAGGAUCAAUUGGCGGGGCAUUAUUAGCAGUUAAAACUGUUGAUUUUUUUGGUAGAGUUAGAGCACUACAAAUUGUUUGUAUAUUAUGGAUAAUUGGAGCAAUUAUACAAAUAACAGCUACAAGUGUUGGUCAAUUAUAUGCUGGUAGAAUAAUUGAAGGUUUAGCAAUUGGUCAAACAACAAGUAUUGGUCCCAUUUACAUUGCUGAAUGUGCAGUAAGUGUACAUCGUGGUAUAUUCGGUUCAAUCUUUGCAGGAAAUGUUUAUCUAGGUGUAAUGAUGUAAGUAAACUAAUGAUAUUCUUCUCAAUAGUACUAACUUGAAGUAGAGGUUAUUUUGCAAAUUAUGGAUGUUCUUUACAUGUUCCAGCUUAUAAAGGUCAAUCAAUUAAUGAUAAUCAAUGGAGGUAUACAUUAACUCCAAAGAUAAUUUUGGGUGGUUUAAUCUUUAUUGGCUCGAUUUUUUUAACUAUUGAAUCACCUAGAUGGUUAUUAAGUAAAGGCAAAUCAGAAUCAGCACUUGAAAACUUAUCCAAAUUAAGGCAACUACCUAAAGAUCAUCCAUAUAUUGUUGCUGAAAUAUCAGAUAUAAAUGAACAAAUAAUGACUGAGAAAGAAGCAAAAGAAGGUAGUAGUAUGAUUGGAUGUAUACAAGAGGUUUUCCGAAAGAAAUCAAUAACAUAUAGAUUCUUUGUCAUUGCUAUAUGUGCUCAACUAAUUGCUCAAUGGAGUGGUGCUAAUGCCGUGACUAUAUAUGCUUCAGAGUUAUUUUCGUUAGCUGGUAUUAAAGGAGAUUCAAAUCAAUUAAAAAUGUCUGCCGUGCUAGGAGUAGUUAAAUUUGUUGCAGCUUACAUAUCAUCAUUCUUCAUCAUUGAUCUAUUUGGACGUAAGAAGGCUUUAUAUUCUGGUGUUUCUUUGCAAAUGUUGAGUAUAUUAUAUUUUGCAAUAUUUUUAACAAUUGUUCCUCAAGCGGCAAAUAGUGAUGCUAAAUUAAGUCCAUCAGAACAUCAAGCUUCAAAAGCUGCUUUAGCUGCAAUUUUCUUAUCUGGAGCAGGUUGGACAAUGGGUUUUAAUAUAAUUCAAUAUUUGAUAGGAGCUGAAAUAUUUCCAUUAAAUAUUAGGUCAUUUGCGCAAUCGACAGUUAUGGUAAUCCACUUUGCUAAUCAAUAUGGUAACUCAAAAGCAUUACCAAAAAUGAUGAUUGCAAUGAAACCAUAUGGAGCUUUUUAUUUCUUUGUGGGCAUGUAUACCAGUGUAGUUCAUUUUAGAAUUUACUAACAAAUCUAGGUGUAAUGUUCAUAGGAUUAAUAUGGGCAUUUUUCUUACCAGAGUUAAAAGGAAGAAGUCUUGAAAGUAUUGAAGAAGUAUUCACAUUACAAUGGUACAAUUUAAGAAGAUGUAAUGAAUUAGUUCCUGACCAUUCGCAAGUUCAUAGAAUUAAACUUACAAAUUCAAGAGGUAAUACUGAUUAUAAUAAUAUCCAAUAUGAGAAUAAAGAAUCUACAGCUAUGAAUGAAAACUUGUUUAGUUCAGAUAACUCAAUGGAAGAAGACAAGCUGAGUAAAUUAGAUGUUUAG